CACGCACGCACAGUCCAGUUAUUCAAAGCAGUUUGUUAACUCGGCCGUGCGGGACAGGUAAAUUAAGUGUUUUAAUCGAAAAAAUCCAGUUUGUAAGAGACUGUCGAGGCAUUCUGCCACUGAACCACCGAUGAAUAGCACCUUCUUGCGCUGCUAGCAGCAAAAACAAACUCCGCAGAACGAAAACAACUAGUCAUCCAGCCAAUCGAAUCCAAUCACUGGAGCUGCAAUAAAAAAGAGAACCAACACCCUGAGCUUUUUGUGGGUCAGUUCCAAAGUCCAUCGAGCACUUGAGCCGAGCCGUGAGUUCAUGUCGAAGUAGUGCCAACCGUAGACGAUACAACAGUCGACAAAGUGUAACCGAAGCGUUAACCUCGGGAUGAACCGGGACGGCAUUUAUCACCUUCCUGAGGGAAGCAAGGAGACAACGUUCUGCUACGAUGAUUCGUUGCCGGCACUGCCGCUCCCAAAGCUGGAACACACCCUGAAACGGUACCUCGAGUCGCUGAAGCCGUUCGGAACCGCGGAAGAGCUGGAAGCUUCGAAGAAAGUUAUUGAGGAGUUUCGUACCGGAAUCGGCGGCAAACUGCAUGCCCUGCUGGAGGAGAAGGCGAAACACGAGAAGAACUGGGUCGCAACAUGGUGGGAGGAUUACGCGUAUCUGACCUUGCGGAUGCCCUUGAUCCCGUACUGCGUAAUGGCGAGCCCGUUGCUGCUGGAGACCGUCGGGUUGGAGGAUGUUCCGGAGAACUUUUUGAAGAGUGCGGCGAUUUGCUGUACGAUCAACAUGCAAUUCUGGAAGCUGCUCCGGACGGAAACGUUGCGACCGAUCGCGAGCAGCGAUAAGAAGAUUCUUUUUUCGUCGGAUUUGUAUAAGAGGCUGUUUAAUACGGUUCGAGCUCCCGGGCUGGAGAUGGACAAGAUCGUAAGCUACUUUAAAACGGAGAAGGAGGGGCCGUGUCCGUCGCACUUGCUGGUGAUCUACAAGGGAAGGAUGUUCAAGAUCGAGGGACUGCAUGAAGACGGGGAGAUCUUGAGUCCGCAGGACUUUUUGCUGUACUUUCAGCAGAUCCAGCACAAGGUAGACAGUGAGGACACGAGUAUAAGCGGAGUUCCGUUGCUGAGUAAUGAUGACCGGACUACGUGGGCUCGUAAUCGAAGUCAUUUGAUCGAGCUGUCGGAGAGGAAUGCGGAAGUUAUGCGAGAUAUCGAGAGUUCGAUAUCGAUGUUUUCGAUGGAUACAAACGAACCGUCGGACUAUUCGGAGGUCGCUACGCGGACCUUGAUCGGCGAUAUGCAUUCCAAGUGGGCGGACAAGAGCGCGACGACGGUUUGCUUCAAGAACGGGAAGAUGGGCUGCAUGGGAGAGCACUCGUGCUACGACGGGACGAUCUCGAUAUCGAUGAGUUUGUACGCAAUGUUGAGCAUCUUUGAGGACGGGAUGCCGGACUGGAGCAUUCCGCCGAAGCGGUUGGUGAAGCCGGUGGAGCUGGUUUUCGAUCUGGACGACGAAAUACGGGCCGAGAUCGAGCGGAUGACGGAGGUUGCGCAGAAGUUGCAAAACAGCGUCUGCGUCACGGUUGAUCAGUUCAACGGGUACGGCAAGGAGUACAUGAAGUCGAAGAAGAUCCAUCCGGAUUCGUGGAUUCAGACGGCGCUGCUGUUGGCGUACUACCGGCUGCACGGAACGUUUGCUCCGACCUACGAGACGGCCAUGAUGCGUCAGUACUACAAGGGUCGUACGGAGACGUGCCGAUCGUGCAGCGUUGAUUCGGUUAACUUUAUCGAGGCUAUGGGGAGUUCGAAGGAGUCGGCUGGCACGAAAGCGAAACUGUUCCGGACGGCGGCCAAUCGCCAGACGGAGUUGAUGAACGAAGCUAGGAAGGGAAAUGGCGUUGAUCGGCACCUGUUUGGGCUGUGGUGCAUGGCGUACGAUCAGGGGCUACCAAUUCCGGAGUUUUACGACGAUCCGAUGUACAGCAAGAGUGGCGGAGGAGGGAACUUUAUCCUGUCUACAAGUACGCUUGGGUUCACGAUCAACUGUGGCUUUGUGGCGCCGAUGUGUAUGGACGGCUAUGGAUGCUUUUACACGAUGCUUGGCGAGAAUAUCUGGUCCAUCUUUACGGCCUACAAAGACUCCGAGGUGACUAGCUGUCGGAAGCUGCUGGCUGAAUUCCAUCGCGCGUUGGAAGAUAUUCGGACCAUCAUGGAUGCCGAUAUUGGGACGAAGCUUUAAUCUGCUUUAAAUUGAUUCUAAAAACGGUAUUAGGUGCUUAUUAUGUUGAUGACCAUUGUUGUGUUAUGUAAAUAAAUCGGUGAAAUGAUCCUUUUUUGAUUGCA